CCGAUAUUGUAUACAGACGAAAAUGCAAUAUUGCCGGGGUAUUGUAAUCUAUAUUGGCGCUAUUUCGUUUUACCAUUGGAAAGCAAUAUUGGAGUAGUCAAUGUUGGGGCUAUAUUGUAUUACAAUAGUUAACCAAUUUGUCGACCACCUCUUAUUAAUAAUAAUGUGUAUAUAAUAUGACGAUUUACAUGUAAUGCGUUUCGAAACAAAUUUUAUGGUUUAUUUACUAAAAAACCAACGAAUUAUUUCCAAAAUGCCGGGUUCGUAUAGGUUUGAUUUUUUGGAUGUAACUUUUCCUGCCGCAAUGGCAACUCCGCACGCAUCAAUCGAGCGCUAUAGUUGGCAACCGCGCGAGUAACAACUUCAGUGUGAUUAUUCUUGAGACUCACUUCAUGUUGGACCGGCGACUUGCGUUUAUUUUACGUUUAAAACGUGGUGUACUUUUGUGUUUUAGUUGUGUGAUUCAUAAUAAAUCGACUAAUAAAUUGAAUUUAAGGUUUUAUUUUGGUUGAUUUAUAUAGCGGACGAGAUUACAAUCUUCUAACGCCAUAUCCAAGUGAUAUCGCCGCUGUUAAUAAUUGGUAUAGCAUUCCAUUGAAAACAUUCACGCACCAGGAAAUUUGUUCAGAUCACCAACACUGUUGCCGACUUGGUGUUCGAUUCACUGGCCCAUCGCUGUCAUCGACAUCAAUUGGUCUCUGGGCUACUGAGCAGCGAUACGUUGAUACAAAAUUUAACGGAAUGGCAUCCAGUAACAGAUCCAAAAAAUGUAUGCGAAUUGCAAGACAGACUAGGAGAGAUAUGAUGAAAAUUUCAAUGAAUGAAAACGGUACUUAUAAUUCCGAUAACUCUGAACUCUCUGAUAUCGAAAUGUCAUCUGGUUCUACCAAUGAUUCAGAUGGGUGUAACGAGCCAAGUACCUUUGAGUACUACUGUACAAACGACAAUGCAAGUGAUCCAGAAAGUCACGAUUUAAUAAAUAGUAAAGUUGCGAGUAAUGAGAAUCCCGAAGAAGUAGAUCCUUAUGCAGAUCCAAAUUCAUUAUCCAAUAAAUUGAGAACUUGGGCUAUACGUGCUCAUGUAUCUCACUCUCAAAUCAAUAUGCUACUUCCAAUUUUGAAGGAAUAUCACCCUGAUUUACCACUAUCUUCAAAAACACUUCUUAAGGUUGUUAAAAACUAUAACAUAGUUGAUAUGCUAAGUGCAAAAGAUGACGCUGGUGAAUAUGUUUACUUCGGAAUUACACAAAACUUGAAGUACGAGUUCCGUCGAGGGCUUCACCAUAUAUUACAAAAAUACGAUAAGACACAAAUUGAUUUGAUUUGUAACAUUGACGGUGCGAAAAUCCAUGUCAGCACAUUGCUGAAUUUUUGGCCAAUUCUGGGAAUGAUAUAUAUCAAAGGUAUCAAGUUCUCGCCCUUUCCUAUUGCUAUAUAUAAUGGCAAGGGCAAACCAAAGCAUGUAACAGAGUAUCUUAAAGAUUUUGUUGAUGAAAUCAACCACAUGCACACUUAUGGUUUCAGUUACGGAGGUAAAAAGUAUGAAAUACGCCUGAAAGCUAUUAUUUGCGAUGCACCUGCCAGAGCAUUUAUCAAGUGUAUAAAGGGCCAUGGAGGAUUUUUUGGUUGUGAGAAAUGUACUCAACGUGGGUUUCGAAUCAAUAAUAAAGUGAUAUUCCCAGAAAUAGAUAAUGUAAUAUUACGAAAUGACAAUUCAUUCAUCCGAGAAUGUAGGUCUCGCGUGACAGAACAUGUUACUGGUCUUUCACCUCUCUUAGACGUGAGUUAUUUCGGAUUAGUUUCUGGAUUUCCCCUAGAUUAUAUGCACAUGGCAUGUUUGGGUGUCAUGAAGCGUGUGCUAGGCCAUUGGCUCCAAGGAGCGGCAGAACAUCGAUUAGCACCUUCUAAAAGGCAAAUAGCUUCAAGGCAAGUUGAUUAUUGGAAAGCUAAAGAGUUCAGAACGUUUAUGAACUAUUAUGGUCCAUAUAUCAUGGAAGAUUUAAUUUCGAAUAAACAAUUCAAGCAUUUCUUACUCCUUCACAUUUCUAUGAGGAUAUUAUGCUCAGGAAACUACAGAGAUGGUUUAGGAGAAAUUGCGAAAGAAAAAAUGAAGCAAUUCUCUGCUCGGGUUCAGUAUAUUUAUGGCGAAGAUGCUAUAAUUUAUAAUAUGCAUUCUAUUUUCCACAUGGCCAAAGAAGCUGUAGAUGGACAUUACAGUCUGGACGAAAUGAGUUGUUUCCCUUUUGAAAGCUACUUAGGUAAAUUGGUGAAAAUGAUAAGAACGCCAAACAAGCCAUUGGCUCAAGUGUGCGUGAGAUUAGCUGAGCAGUCCAAUUUUCUUGAAGAGUAUCCUUUAAAUAGAUGUAAUACAGUAAAUGAGAAUAAAACUAUACUCAACCAUCAUCAUGGCUAUAAAAUUAACAUUACAAGUGACAAGGAUUCAUUCAUAUUAUUGAAGAAUAAAAGGGUUAUGAAGGUUGUGGAAUUAAUAGAAACCAAUAAUAUUUUGACAAUCAAGGGAAGAAUAUUUGGGAGGCAAUAUGAAGCAUAUACCGAACCAGUUUCAUCAAAGGUGAUCAAUGUAUACAAAGUACAAGAACUGAACAAUUUCUUGUUCGAAGAACCUGUCGGGAAUAUAGAAUGCAAAUGUUUUGUUAUCCCCAUGGACAAUCAUUUCCUUGUAAUGGGAAUGUUGCAUAACGAACUGUGUAGUGUACGUGGAACAGAAGAGACAUGCUUGACAUCAACCCCCAGGAAGAGUAAGCAGGUCAUAACCCCAAAACAUAAACAUGAGGAAACGCAACACACACCAUCUCUCGAACUCCGCAAGGAAAACUUUCGGAUGCUCACCAUUCUGGAAAAACAUUUUGGAGCGAUGUCCGUAACAGCGGAGGCAGUGAGUAAAUUUACGUUGCCAGUUCAAACUGAUGAGGAUUUGGUGACACUGGAUGACAGUCUGAAUUCUGAGCAAAUCAGAGCUGAGAUGAUACUUCAAAUGUCCCUGGUUGGAGGUGACCAUCUACGUCAGAUGGUUAGCAACAUUCUGAAAUUUUUUCGAAAGAAAUGGCACUGAAGUUUUCUUGUUAUGGGCGACAAUCCAAGCGGUCAUUCAUCAAACUCAAGCUGUCAUCUGCUUUAACAGAUGCAGUUCGUCGCAAAUUUCCCAAUGUGACUGACAAAGAAAUCAACAAACACAUUGGAAACUGCCUUGCUACGUCAGGUGACCGCGAAGGAGGACGAAAAGACAGAACAAAAAUAACUGACAAGGUUGACGCGGGUGCAUUAAAUGCACAGGAAUUAUAGUCUUUUUAUUUUUAUAUAGCUCCACUCAUGUAAGAAUCUUUUUUUUUAUGCAAUAAAUAAAUUUCAUCUA